AUGUCGCCCACGAUUCCGAUACUUUCCGCUCUGCUGCUUUCGUUGAUAUCAGGAUCAACGGAAAGCGGACAGAGGAUGAAUUCCGUUAUGCUGUUUCGACAAACCCUUCGAUAUUGGCGGAAAAUAUACAAGACGUACCACGAGGAGGUGGCUCUGGGUUACUGUUGGGCGGACUAUUUGCUUGAGAUAAGCGACGAAUUGUCGACGAAUCUAUCCGCAUCGUCGCUCACCGCGACAAGAGAUUGCAACACGACGACGACCGUCAAGGCGACGAAAAGCCAGCGAAAUCCAUUUCCGCAAAAUGCAAUGGAUACGAUGAUGCCGCUUAUUGUUAGAGAAACACGGAAAGGAAAACAUUUGCGAGAAAAACUUUCGCAUACAACGGCGAGAUCUGCUAUUUCGAGAUUCACGAACGAUUCGGACGAACAUCGAAUCGUUUCGAGAGUGAAAAUGAUUCAAGAGAAAUGGAUGAAUAAAGUUUUACCAAUUAUAUCGAAUAAUGAGAAAAGUAGCAAAACUGAUGGAAUAAAAAGGAUUACGUCAAUGAUUGAUCUUCACAUCCAGAAAAAACGACAAGCAUUCCCGAUCGUGCCGAAACUUUUUCACAAUCAACGAAAGGUUCUACGCGAUCAUGAAUUUUCAUCUCGCGAGAUGCGUUCGAACACUGUUAAGCCGACGCCUAAUUCCAAGUAUGAUAACAAAGCCGGUUUUGAAUCAACGGAUCUCGAGAAGAACAAGCAUCUCUCCCGAGAAAGAUCGCUCAGCAAUCAUCCCUUCCGACAUUAUUUGCAGUCACGAAAAAAAAAUUCGAAAGUCGACGAAGUGUUGUCCGAUCCCUGGACACCGGAGAAAGGUCACGGAAUAAAAAGAGAUUCCGAAGGAGACCGCAUCCCUUUGAACAACUACGGAAGCUCCUUGUCGUCGCGUUUGCAGUUCCAGAGGAUAAACGCGGUCGCAGUGCGUUGUACGGGUAUCGUAAGGUCGACGAAUUCCGUCGGAAAUUCAUCGUGCAAUCCGGAGAGAGCGAUAAAUUCAGAGGUGUUUCGCCAGAAGCCCGAGGAAUUAUCUCGCGAUUCGCUUUUAUUGCCUCGCGGGAAAAGAGUCGGCGUCGCUGAGCGAUUGCCUCUUGAAUCUCGAGGAAGCGGAAGAGAAGCUGUUAAAAGAAACGCGAUCUCGCGAUUUGGCGAAAUAGCUGGGGGAAGCGAUACGAAAGAACGGCGCUACCAGCAGUCGAGAGUGGAAAAAAGAUCACGGAUCGAGAGGGAUGUUUCAGCGGCACCGGGAAGGAUACAUCCGUUCUUUUUGUCGGGAUUCAAACAAUCGCACCAGCAAAUGCUUUACGAAAAUCGCGUACUUCUCCGCAUCCCAACAGUUCCGGAAGGAUCGAAACAGGAUGACGACCGUAUCCGAGACGUGAAGAGUGCGCCUUCAUUAUCUCGCGUCGAACGAUUUAUAGAGAAUUACGAGAACACGACAAGCGGAUCCACUUUUUUUAAAAAAAUUCAAGAUUCAAGAUUAACCGCUUUACAAGCUCGUCAAUUAUCUCUGCGUUCGGUUAUUAUCACUGUUUUCAGAACAUUAGGAAUAUUCGUUCAAGUGGGUCGACAGAUCAUGGAUGUCGUUGAAUCAAAUGCGAUCCUCGCAUGUACAAAGGAGUACUUAUGGACCAAAAUCAUUAAAUGGAUUGAUGAAUAA